AGUAAUCCCUCACCGCGCCGCUUAUGCACUGAGCUCCGAACAGUAAAACAGCAGAAAAGGUCUGUUUUUGUAGCCAUGGCGAGGCCUUCUUGCCGCAAAUUCUUAACGACAUCCCGUUUCCAUAUCACUCGCCACAUCUCCUCUUCUUCCUCUUGCUCUGAAGCUCUUCCUCCCCCUCCCAUUCCCUCUCCCCGCAGAGUCGUCGUUACCGGUACGGUCUGGGGUUGGCGACUCCGCUUGGUUGCGGAGUGGAAAACGACAUGGAAGCGGUUGAUGGAGGGCAAUUGUUGGAUAAGGGCGAUAACGCCUGAAGAUCUCAAGAUGGGUGCUUUUGAUAGAGAGACUCAGUUGCAUAUAUUUGAUCAGAUGACUUCUAAAGUUGCGGCGACUGUGCCUUGUGGAAUGGGCUCCGGUGAUUUCAAUGAGGAAUUGUGCCUUAAUUCAAAGGUGAAGCUUGACCUUAAACUGACUGUAAGAUUACCAUGGCUUUCCAUGUCCUUCAGGGGUGAUGAAGCUUUAAAAGAUGCAAGAUGGCUGCCCAUUGAGCAGGAAGAGAAGGAAAGAACGGGACCAAACCAUGCUGCAGUGACCUCUUCUGCAACUGGUGCACAUUCUAUUGGUGAUGCUACUAGAAUGAUUCAGUUUGGGGAUUCAGAUGUUACGGUAGCUGGGAGCACAGAGUCCAGCAUUGAUGCUUUAUCAAUUGCUGGAUUUUUCAGAUACUUGAACAGUAUUUUGACCAGGAAACUCAAAAACAACCCUUGGUGAUUUUUAUAAAAGGGCUCUUGCCAAUGUAGUGACUUGGAACUCUGGGGAUUUCAGCCUAGACUUACUAAUAAUUUUUCUAGAAUCCUUUUAUUAAAGUUGCUAAUUUUACCUUUUCUUGUUCUAGUUUUGAAUGUUGUAAUAUAUGUUUUAUUUGUUU